AUGAAGGCGCCCAAAGAGCUGCCAAACCCCGUUCAAAAAGGCACGAUGAUGGCGGCGGUGGCGGCGGCUUCUGCUAUGGUGGUCGAACUCAACGGCACCACGCCCGCCGCCCACGCCAGCGGCAGCACCACAACCCCUGCCACCGUUGACAGGGCCGGGUGGGGGAGAGGUGCCGUGGCGGGCAGGGCGAGGCUGGAAGAAAUCAGGCAGAUAGGCGCGCUGUACGCACCAUCUCCAAUGGACGAGUCACAGCCAGCGGCAGGGGCGGAGGCGUCGGAGCGACGACGAAGUAACACCUGCGACACAGGUAGCGCCACCGCCACUGCCCCGCCUCCCGCUAGCGCUUGCCGGCGGCCGUGGUGGAGAAUGCUGCGAAGGAGCGUCACCGGUCACAGCCCGAAGGAGCACCCACGCCCUAGAGCAGGCGUGUUCAUCUCAGGCUCUCUCUCCACCGUCGCCAGGGGGAGCUCCCGGGUGAGUUGGACCCCUACCCCCCCGCCUCCCGUCGCCCUUCCUCGUACACGCGGAAGCCCGCCAGAACACAAGAAUCCCGUUCUUUUGGAGCGUGGGGGUGCCAGCGCGGUUGACCUGUGCAGCUGUAUUUGGGUCAACGUGGAAGCACUACUGGUUUCCCAAGAGGGCGCGUCCACCACGUCGAACAGGUUGGACCACAUCAUCCCCACGGGGAAGUCGCCGCGCCACAAGAUGUCCGAAGAGGAGAGGCGAAGCUUGGGCGUGACUCGGCGGGCAACUGAGUUGGCCCUCAUCAAGAAGGGCGACAGGCUUAUCAUCAACCCUCACGUCGGAGAGUUUUGGUUCGUGAUCGACGCAAAGUGGAUCAACUCCUGGGUGAAGUUUGUCAUGGGACAGGCGAGCGCGCCGGGGGCUAUCAGCAACCUCAACCUCUACCCACAGGACUGCGACGGCGACCAGUCCACCUCCGCAAAAUGUGAGGACUACUAUACAGUAAUCCAAUCCAACCGUGGAAAAAAUCAGUCCCAGUAG